AUGGUGGAGACCCUUCGUGAAAAGGACGAGGCUGUGAGUCAGAAGGAUGAGGUCCAGCGUCAAUACGAGGCCCUGAAGGCUGAUUUUGAAGGAGCUCAAGCUCACCUUGAUAAGGUGAAGGUUCAAAAGGAAGGAGCCCUAGCUCGGGUUGAGGUUCUCGAGCAGGAGCUGAGCAGGAGUUCUGAGCGUAUCAGAGACCUGGCUUCAUCGGCAGAGGAGUCCAAACUUCAUAAUCAAAAGCUUAGUCAAGAAGUCAGGACUUUGGAGCAUAAAUGCUUAGCCCUGCUCGAGGAGGCCAAACAUGUUGAGGAUAGGAUCCAGCUGGAGUGCGAGAGGCGUUUGAUGGAGUAUAAGGAAUCAGCUGAGCUAAAGGAGAAGAUUGAACAAGCAUGA